UCAAUAUGACGGUGACAAAUAACUCAUCCAUGUAAAAAAGCUCUAAGGCUAGUAACAAGGCAUGUAUAACAACGUUCAACGCAUUUAGAACGGUUAAAUCUAGUAGUAUCUAUCUAUUGAAUAUUCAGUGCUUCUAUUUCGUAGUUCACACUUCAUAAUUUAAACAUAAUUGAUAAGUAGUUUGAAGUCCAGUCGUAAUAGUUGUAAUGUCGCUACUUGGAAAUGACAUGUUAAUAUAUUUGCUAGUAACAAAUUAACUACAUUUAUGAAAGAAAUAUCUCCAACUGUAUAGUCAAAUCUGUGUGUUUUACAAAAAAAAUAUAUCUUAAUAUUUGAAAUGGCUCGCUACUUGUCAAGGGAUAAAUUGGAAGGGUUUGAAAAGUACAAGUAUAAUUCAAUUGAUACAAGUGUAUUAAGUAAUUAUGUGAUGCACCCCUUUUGGAACUGGUGUGUUCAGUUUUGUCCGGUGUGGGUGGCACCAAACCUUUUAACAUUUUCUGGCUUCCUACUGACAGUCCUUAACUUUUUAUUGUUCUCCUACUAUGAUUAUGGAUUCCAUGCCCUUACAAAGGAAAAUGCCACCAAUGAUCAUAUACCCAGCUGGGUAUGGGCAGUCUCGGCAGUUAAUUUAUUUGUGGCUUAUACACUUGAUGGUAUCGAUGGUAAACAAGCUCGAAGAACAGGCAGCAGUGGUCCAUUGGGCGAACUUUUUGACCAUGGUCUUGAUUCAUACUCUACAGUUCUGAUACCUACAUGUUUAUACAGCAUAUUUGGAAGAGAUGAGCUGAGUCCAUUAAGAUUUUUCUUUGUAAUAUGGAAUAUAUUUUUGAACUUCUAUCUAACUCAUUGGGAAAAAUACAACACUGGUGUUAUGUUCUUGCCUUGGGGAUAUGACUUUACUAUGAUUAGUUCCUGUAUCCUGUUGCUGGUGACGUCGGUGACGGGUCCCCGUGCAUGGCACAUGUCAUUGCCGGGAGGUAUCACUCCUGGUAUAGUUUUCGAAAUUGUCCUCUACUUCUCUGCGAUGAUUACCAGUCAGACUAUCAUAUUGUGGAAUAUUUACAAAUCAUAUCGCGACGGCACCGGCAAAAUGCGACCGUUCAUGGAGGCGGUGAGACCGCUCAUACCGCUGGUAUUUUUCUUCGGUCUGAGCACUGUAUGGGCGUUGUACUCGCCUACUGAUAUUCUCAAUAGAAGCCCGAGGCUGUUUUACGUCCUUACUGGGACAAUUUUCUCCAACAUAAACUGUCGUCUAAUCGUAUCCCAAAUGAGCGACACGCGCUGCGAAGUGUUCAACGGGCUGCUGGUGCCCUACGCGCUGGUGCUGUGUGCCGUGUUCGGCCUGCGUGUGUCGCCCGCCUCCGAGCUGCUGCUGCUGCUGGCGCUCACUGCCACCGCCUCCCUCGCUCACAUCAACUAUGGAACCAAAGUGGUGCAGGAAAUGUGCCAACACUUUAAAAUCUCAUGUUUCCGAAUCAAACCAAAGAUAAAAUAAGGUUAAAAAUAUUUUAUUUACUUGUAAUGGAAUCUGAUCCUAAUUAUUAUUAAAUUAUUAUUACAUUUUUAUAUCAUCUACUAUAUGAUAUUAAGAUGAUUUGUUUUGUUAAAACAAUUAAGUUAAAUUGGGUAAAUUAUUUAUCAAUAAUAAUUAAAUUUAAAAAAGUGAAAGCUCUGUUCAGUUUAUUAUUACAAAUUAUUUUAUUCAUAGACCAUACAAAUAUUUCCAAUUGAAAAAUAUGCAUUGAUUUAUAGUGUCAGAUUUGGUGUGAGAUCUAUCAGUGUACAACUGGUACACACUUUGUACUGGUAUGUCUUUGAAGCAAUAAAAAAUACUUCCUACUAAUUCGUAAAGUAUAAAUAAUUUUUACCAUACCAAAUAUUAAAAAAUGUAGAUGUUUCAUGUGUGUUGUGGUAGAUUUGAUGUUAUUCCCAAUGUUAUACCUCUGAUAAGAAUCUCUGCAUUUAA